CUUUACGACUCUUCUUGUCUUCUUGUUCUCGUUUUUCUUUAUAUCACUACCAAGUCGUCUACCGCAAUUUAGGUAUUUCGGCCAAAUAUUAAUCAUAUACCAUGGCUGACUGGGAUGCUUCUUCUGACGAGGAGGUCAAGGCCAAGUCUGUGCCCGCUCCUAAACCGAUUGUUCCUGUGCGAGUGGCGAAGAAGUGGGAGGGUGAAGACGAGGAUGAUAAGCCUGCUAGCGACUGGGAGGAUUCAUCAUCGGAAGAGGAGGAAGUGAAACCUGCUGUUGUUGCGCCGCCAAAGAAGAAGGGUACUUUGAAGGCCAAACUCGCGGAGAAGGAGGCCAUGAAAGCACAGAAAGCUGCGAACGGCGAGUUCGACUACGAUUCUGAUGAUGUGCUUGAUCCAAGAGAGAAGGCUCGACGUGAUAAAGAGAAGGAAUUGAAAGCUGAUCUUAACAAUGCUGCUGAUUUGCUGGGUGCUGCUGCUCUCGGAGGCACCUCAUCAUCCGAGCUCGAUUCUAUCAUCUCUGCUCAGCCUCGAACAAAGGAGGAUUUCCAGAAACUCUCAACGCAGAUCUACGAAUAUAUCAUCAAGCGACACUCAACGAAGCCUUUAUAUGCCUCAUUCGUCGAGCAUCUCGCACGAGAGAUGGCGCAACCCUUGAAGGAUGUCGAAGUGCGAAAGGUGGCGAGCGGUUUGACCACUUUGGCCAAUGAGAAGCAGAAGGAGCAGAGGGACAGGGCGAGCGGAAAGAAGAAGAAAGCUUCUGCAAAGCCUGCGUUGGGCGGUGCCAAGUCUGCCAAGUCAGUGGAUACCACGGUAUACGACGAGGCACUCGACGAUUUCGGCAACGAUCCCAACGACUUCAUGUAAAACCAUCUUCGUGCAUGUCGAUUAGGUUCUUGC